CAGGCCCUAGCCGCGGCGGCCGGCGACGAGGGGGCGCCGGCCAGGUAGACGGAGGGGGGCUUCCGGCUCGAGGAAGAGGAAGCUGGCGGCGGGAGACACCCCGGAGCGGAUGAAGACGAAGGGGGCGUCGGUGACCGCGUCAGCCAGCUCCCCGACGGCGUCCUGGGCGAGAUCGUCGCCCGCCUCCUCUCACCAAGGAGGAACUCGUCAUCGAGAAUGCCCCUUUUCUCGAAAGGCUGUUCCGUGUCGAUCUAUCCGAUGGCCUGCGAGUAUCGGUGAUCUUGGCGCCUAAGCGGGAGACCUUGUGCUUCCUUGAUGAUGAUAGUUUCAGUUUCGACAGGAUUAUUCAGAACUAGACUGAUAUCUGAUUGGAGAAAAUUUGGAGUAUGGUAUGACUUCACUCUUUCUGUGGGGAGAAAAUUACGAGACCAUCCAUACUCGCAGGCUUUGGCAACAGUCUCCAACACGACAACUACGUAUUCAGUUUUGGGGUGGAAGAGAGGGCUCUGUGGCCUGGGGCGUGGAAGGGAAAAGCUUCGGAGACUGUAGCAACGAAGAUGGCUCCGGGCGUACAGAUAUUCUGGCUACCUCACUGGAAUAGAGGUACAUGUUCGGAGAUCAAUUACUGUUUGCUUUGUUGGUGCUUUACCUACUGGGUACAUAUGUAGAGAAUCACUGGGGCACAUCCGGAUUUCCAAACAUCAUCAUUACUGCAAGCUUUGGUGAAAAGAAAAGGGACCCAUCCAGUAUGCAGAAAACACGCAAGGAAUUGUGCCUUCUCCGGUUUGAAAAGGAAGGGUUGAUUCUCAUACCAAACCGACAAGGCUACCUGCAGACAAUAUCUAUCUUCCUGCAUAGUAUGGCGCAACCUCUGCUCUGAUCUGCAGUACUUGAAGCUUAUAUCACAACAGUCAAAUAGCUGAAAUCAAAUUUCUAACUAUCAAGCUGCUCCUGUCUGCUGUCAAGGCAGUGUUGACGCUACUUAAUCCGAUGGGUUUGACUGAUUCAUCAGCCGCUGCAUCUCUUUCUUGAUCUUGAUAGUGAAUUUCAUCAUGACUUCUACUCUUACAUGGGCUAUCGCAGGCGGAAGUGUUGACGGUAGCAGAGAGGAGAUAUUCCGAAUUCUUCAGGGGUGGACAGAUUAUAAGGUCAUCUAUUUACAUGGUUGGGGUGGACUGGGGGCGUCUGCUGUCCUUAGAUCCAUAGCAGAAGUGCUCCCAUAUAGGAGAACCACUCCAGAACUAUGCUUUGAUAAGAUAAUCCAUAUAGAUUGUUCUGAUUGGAAAAAUAGAAGAGGAUUGCAGAGGGCAAUCGCAGAGGAACUGGAGCUGGAAAGCUCAAUAAUGGCUGUUCUGGAUAAACAGGAUGAAUUUGAUGAUUUUCAGGGAGUUGAUGAAAGCUCUAGGAAUGAGAUAACAAGUGUGUCAAGAGAGAUCCACAAUAUUCUGAAAUACAGCAGAUUUGUGUUGAUUUUUCAUAAUGGUAGUGACAACGAGAUUGCUAACCUAGUCAACUUUGGUGUUCCUCCGAUUACAAGUUUUGGUGACAAUGUGAUGAUAUGGACCUACAGAAGGAGGAUGUUGACAAUAAAAAAAUACGAAGAAGAUGAACUGCUACAUGAACUGAGGUACACUCAUCUUUUCGUUUAUGAUAGGAUGGGGUUUCUAGCACCUGGACAGUUGUAUGAACUACUGUGUAAAGAGGCUGACAUCAUAGUUGCUCGCAAUCCAUGCAUCCAGGGAGUUAAUCAAUUAAUGGUUGUCCAUUGUUGUUUGUACAAACUAUUCCUGCAAUGUAGUGUUUCCAAGAAUAAUUCUAAUUGGGUUGAUGUUGCUUCCAAUUAUUGGAUAUGUGAUGGAAUACUACCAAAAGACAUAACAUUGGAGACAAGUGAUGCAUUGCACCGAGAAAUAACCUGGAAGUGGGAUGAUAAUGUGCUCACAAAGUUCAAGGAACAUUUCGAGCUUCCUUUCCUCAUAGUGAAAGAAGAUGAUGUGUAUGAAGAAGGACCAUACCGUUGGAUUUCAGUCACAUCGAGGGAUAGGGAAAUGCUUGGUAUGAAAACUUUACCUGCAGAGACAUCAUCAUUCUUCUUGGAAUUUGUAAUGUCCGAUCAGCCAACAAUGUUACCAAAUGGUUUGUUUGAACAUUCCAGCAACCUUGGUGCACUGACUCUCCGUUGUUGUGCCUUCAGUUUUGCAUCACCUCCUUUCCUAAAAUGCCAUAAUCUAAGAUUCCUUGGACUAGACCACUGUACAGAUGACAAAAUAGGGGAAGGAGAGGAUCAUACUGAGUGGGUUUGUCUGCAUAGUUUGUGGGUAUUGGACCUACGUUACACCCAUUGGAAUGAAAUCUUAUCACCGGCAAAGAUGGAUCUCAUGGAUAACCUCAUGGAGCUAAGCAUAGAGGGGGUCUGGUGUUGGCAGUACACAACUUGCUUACAAGGCCGACUACUGAAUCUUCAAAGGCUCAGGGUAAUCAAGCCUACACGUGGACCAGAUAUUUCAACAGAUGCAAGCAACUCGUUAAUGGACAAGGCAAAGCUGGAAAUACUUGACCUGUCAGGCAACAAUGAGAUGGAAAUUCUACCAAACAGCCUGUCUAAGGCAAGUAGCCUUCAAGUGCUUAUUUUGGAUGGAUGCAAUGAUCUUAAAAAUGUCCUUGUGCCUGAUGGGCUACCCCAGUCGCUGAAGUCCUUUAGCUUUGAUGGCUGUGGGCCAGCUUUCCGCCGGGCACCAAUUGUUGAGCUACCUCCCAAACAAGAACGCCCGUCAACCCCAGCAACUAAGGAGGGGGCUAGUGUCUCUAAUAUUUCCCUCAAAGGUUGCUCACAGUUGGCACAUAUGUUCGUUCGUGGGUUGCCCAACCUUGUUGAGCUUGACCUCUCUGGAACUACAAUUAGGACACUUGAUUUCAGUACUAUGGUGUUAGAAGUUCCAAUGCUGAAGCGAUUAUUUCUGCUAGGAUGUGAGCACCUUCGUGCAAUAAUUUGGGGCAGGAAUACUGAUAGCUUCCGUUUGAAAUUGUUAUGCAUAGAUACGCGAGCUGGAACUAGCUUUCAUCGGCCGUGCAUUAACCAGAACGAAGCCAUUUGGCUGGAGGUGCAUGCCAUUGUUGUGGAUGCGAGGCUUGCUCGGUCGUUGCGGCAACUAUUAUAUAAUCGUUAUGCAGCUGAUGAGAAUGUUUAUCUUAAUAUCCAUGUCACCUCAGCUGUGUAUAGUGAGCUGAAUCAAUCCAAAGUGACAGACAAGGAGAAGAAGAUUGGCAUGUAUGGAGAUCAAGUUAGCCUGCCGCAGCUUGUUCAAGCAGACCGGUACAGUGAUGUCCAAAGCAUGGUUGGUGAUGCCCCGAUGCAGGACUUCCCUAAGCCUCCCACUAACAACGUAGAUCGGCAUAUUGAGAUUGCUGAAGGGAGGCACGCCUUGGACAGUGGACUGGGAUAUCUUAUGACAUGGUUUGCCGAAUCCCUGCAUGUCCACGAUGUCUUAACUAGUGCUUGUUUGCCUAAUGGAUACAGCUGGCUGGUUCUCAAGCAGUGCCGGAUGGAGAGGUGCCCCAAGUUAGGUGAAGUCUUCCCCUUGGGAAUAUAUGAAUUGAAGGAGCUGGAGACCUUCUGGGCGUCAGAUCUCCUAAUGGCCUGCUGGAUACGCAGUAAAGGUUACCGCAUGAUCAAUGAUGGUUCAUUCAGAAAGCUGCAGCAUCUACGGUUGCGCUCUUGCCCCAGGCUCCAGUUCGUGCUCCCUGUGUGGGUCGACUCCUUCCCAAGUUUGGAGACCCUCCACAUCAUCCACUGCGGAGACCUGAGGCAUGUAUUCGUGCUAAACGACAAAUGGUACCCAGAAGAAAUAUCCAUCCAAGUUGUAGCAUUCCCGAAGUUGACCACCAUCCACCUGCACGACCUGCCAGUGCUGCAGCAGAUCUGCGAGGUCAAGAUGGUGGCACCGAACCUCAAGACCAUCAAGAUCAGAGGAUGUUGGGGCCUGCGCCGGCUGCCGGUGGUGGGGCCCCGUAGCAGAGACAUGAAGAAGCCGACCGUCGAGAUCGAGAAAGACGUCUGGGACGCUCUGGAGUGGGACGGGGGUGCGGCCCCUGGCCACUUCGAGGCGCCCGUGCACUCGCGCUACUACAAGAAGAAACUACCCAGGGUGUCCGUGCUCAGGUGAUCCUCGCGCUGCACUUAACUGAUAUGGUCUGUUCAAUGAUCUGUACAUCCGAGAUCAGAUGGACGCUCGCGGCUCGCUCCUGCAGGUUCUGUUGCAUGUGUUUGGUUUGUUGUGUGCUUCCAUGGCUAGCUUGCCUGGGUUGCUGGCUAGCUGCUUAAUCAUGGAAGGAAAAAUUCAGGCGGUGUUGGUCGUCCAUCAAUGGUCUCUCACUGCUACUAUUGUGUGUUUGUUGUGUCAGGUGCGAGCUUGUGGUGGCUCUCACCUUUUAUUUGUGGCUUUCAAAUAAGAAGCAGGAUUGUUCUUGCCUGCUCGCGCCGGUAUGUGUGCAGAAGUUUGGCUUGCGAUUGUGGGUGCCUCUUAGUUGUGUGUUUGUGUACCUAGAGUUCUUGACUAAGCAGCAUCUGUUUAUGCCUGCGUGCAUCUACAUGCUCCCUUGUGUGGUUUGAGAGCUGUGUGGGCUUGCUACUGGUUGUGUGAGUGUUUGUUACAUGCUUUCAAAAAAAAAACAGCUUGUAAUAAUACCAAAAAUAUGGCUUUCAGUUUUUUGCUGUGCAGUGAUCAAUUGUAAUAUUCUCAGUGUUUGUACUUUA